GGAUAAACUUUGGAUCCAAUUUUUUUCUGAGGUAUUUUUUUGGGUAGGAUUUUGUUGAUUUUAUUAUCAUCCAUCAUUAUCAUUGAUUUUAAAUCCUUUUUCGAAUAAUUACAAAAAAAAUCUGAAAUAUGAAUGAAAACGAAGAGUAUGUUCUACAAUUAAGUGAUCAACGUAUCGAUUUUAAACCAGUAUCGAAAAAUGUUAGCGUUUUUUAUGAUGAAUCUAAUCGACAGGUUUUCAUUGUAAUCGAUAGAGGUAGUGAAGCAAUCAUUGUUAAAAAUCCAGAUGGAUUUAUUAUGAAUUUUUGCAUACAAGAUCGUGGCAAUAUAUUUUCGAUAAAAUUUUCACCAAAUUAUGAAAUACUAUCAUUACAACGAUCAACUGAAUUUGUUGAAUUUUUUCUAUUCAAAAAUAAUCAACCACAAGAAAUAUUUACUCAUAAAUUAAAGAAAAAUGGUAAAAUUCUUGGAUUUUUUUGGACAAAUAACAAUGAAAUAGUAAUCAUAUCGAAUAAUGGUAUCGAUUAUUUACAAGUAUUGAUUGAAAAAAAAUCAUUAAAAUCAUUGAAAUCAUUUAGUUUAACUGUGGAUUGGUUUGUGUUUCAGCCUGCAUCGGGCAUACUUUUGAUUGCAAACGGAACAUUUGGAAAUGUUAUUCAUCCAUUUUCAUUCAGGUUAUCCAAUGUAUAUCGAUUGAAUAAAUUCGAAGUUGAAUGGACUAAAAAUACAAAUAAUAAUUAUCUACAAGAAAGAGAUGUUACUGUUGCAAAUUUAUAUGGUAAACCUCGUUUAUUGAUUCUAAGACAUCAUCCAAUUGCUAAAGAUCAAUUUGGUGCCUGUGUUAUUAUCUAUACAUUUCAUAAAAAAGAUUUACAACCACAAAAAACAGAUAUUUUGAUUACCAAUCUGACCGGUCGAUUUGCUACAAAUAUAGUCGAUGAUUUAGUUAUUAUUCAUCAUCAAACAACAAAAAGUUCAAUGAUAUUUGAUAUUAAUUUAUCGGCAAACGAAAUUAAUGAUCAGAUAAAAUUUCAUCUACCAAUCAUAUCAAAAUGUACAAUUCGACCAUAUAAGAUUAAUAAUGUUAUUGAUUAUGAUCUUUAUUCACCAAAUUGGGUAAUAUUUCAACCAAACAUAAUAAUCGAUGCAAAAUAUGGUUGUCUAUGGUUUUUAGAAUUAAAUCUAGAAUUUAUUGAACGAUUAAUCAAAAAUGUACCGAUAUUGAUUGAUUUUUUGUUAUUACGACGAAAUUCUAAACAAAACAUAUUGAAAGUUUGUCGAAAUAUUGUACGAAUUAGUAAAAAAUAUGGACAAAAUCCUAUCGGAAAUUUAUCAUUAGUUUUUAAUAAAUUAAAUCUUACAUAUAAAGAAUCAUUCAGCAAUACAAAUACUCCAAUGGAUUCAUCAUCAUCAUCAUUUGAUUAUGUACGGCAAAAAACCCGUACAACAAUCGACCAGAAAGAUAUAUUAAGUAAUUUUUUUGAUUAUUUUACUGAAGAUGAUAUUGAUAAUCAUUUGGGUAUUGCAAUAAUAUUUGAAUAUGUUUAUUCAUUAUCUAGUCAUGAUAUAGAAAUUGAAUUUUUUAUCUAUGAAUUUUUAAUUAAUUAUUUAAUCAAAUCGGGAAAUUAUUAUCAAAUGCAUCAAUUUUUACAAUAUCAUGUAUUCAAUGAUUCAACACAUUUAGCUUGUUUAUUAUUAUCAUUGAAUAAAAAAUAUCCAUAUGGUUAUCAACUUGGAUUGGAUAUGCUAAAACGUUUAAAUAAAACCGACGAUGAAAUUAUUGAAGUAUUACUGUCACAAAAUCAAAUUAUUCGUGCAUUAAGAUAUUUGGAAAAAUAUGGUGAUAUUUAUAGUGUAUCCGCUAGGAAAUUUCUUGAAACAGCUUAUGCCACCAAAGAUACGAAAAUCUUUCAUCAAGUUUAUAAAUUUUUUCAAUUAAGAAAUCUUAAAUUAAGAAAUUCAUUAGAAUUUGUUAAAGGAGAAAAUUGUACUGUUUAUGAAAAACAUUUUGAAAAUAUUUUCGGCAGUAAAAUAUCGGUUCUUUUAUGACGGUGUAUGGUUAAACUUUACCAAGAACCAUAGCUAACAAUGCCAUUCGAACAUACAUUCCACCUUCAGCUUGACGAAAAUAUGCAGCACGUGGAUCAUUAUCGAAA